AUGGAUGAUGUACAUGAGGAAGUUAGAACAUUUAGGGCUGAAAGGAGCGCUUAUAAGAGAAGCACUAGAAGAGAGAAAAGGGGGCAACCUAAUCUUGAUGAUGUACCUUUAGGUGAAGUUGAACAAGACAUAGGUUUUGAUGAAACAGAACCUAAUAAAAGAGAUUUGGAAGGAAGGGUGGUGAUGAACCCUUUUAGUUUAGUUCUGAUGCAUAUAGUUGUACAUCUGAUGAGGAUGAUGCUGAGGAGGGGGUCCACUGUUAGGAGAGCUAGAUCUAAGGUUUUACUAGAGAUCAUGGGUGAUCAAGAAAAAGAGUUUGAAAGAAUACUUAAUUACAGAGAUGAAGUGUUGAAAACAAAUCCAGGAAGUACUUAUGUGGUGAAAGUGUCUACUACAGAAUUUGCUGAAGAUGGUAGGCCUUGCUUCUUAGGUUUCUACAUUUGUUUUGAUGCCUUGAAAAGGUCAUUUUUGAGUGGUUGUAGAAGAUGCAUUGGCUUAGAUGGUUGUUUCUUAAAAGGUUAUAGCAAGGGUCAACUGCUAGUUGCUGUGGCUAAGGAUGGCAACAACCAGAUGUUGCCAAUUGCUUGGGCAUUGUGGAACUUGAACUUAGGGGAUGGGACUGGUUACACAGUCAUUUCAGAUAUGCAGAAGGGGCUUCUUGCCACUAUAAAAGAGCUCCUACCAGAAGUGGAGCAAAGGCAAUGUGCUAGACACAUCCUUGCAAACUGGUCAAAAGAUUGGGGAGGCCUUGAAAGGAGGCUGAUUUUUUGGAAAUGUGCUAGAAGCACAUUUGAGGCAGAUUUGAGGAGAAAUUUGGACAAAUUAGAGCUGCUUGGUGCUGAGAGCUUUAAUGCGUGGAUCUUGACUGCAAGACACAAGACCAUCAUAACCAUGCUAGAAGAGAUUAGGAUGAAGGUAAUGACUAGGAUAAGCGUGAUGAGGUCUUUUGCAAACACUUGGGUCACAAGAAUAUCUCCAAUGGCAUUAAGGACAUUAGAAGAAAACAUGGGGAAGUCAAUGAACUGUAAUAUUGUGUUUAAUGGUGAGCAUGGGUUUGAGAUUCUUGAUGGUCCAUAUCGGCACACUGUUGAUAUUGUCAAUGAGAAAUGUAGUUGUCGGUCAUAG